AUGGUGGUCGGUAAUCGACUUGGCGUGUGUCCAACGUGCACUUUGGUCGUGGUCACCACCCAGCAACCGACCAGGGAAGUGGGAGACUGGUUCAAUUAUCCCAACGAAAAGAUCAUUGCGCAACUUAUCGACGUCCAGGAUGAUGUCAAGAACAAGAACCGGCAGGGCAAGGCGACUAUCAACAUGAGUUUUACCUACAAGCCCAAUAAGAACCCGCACCAUACCUUUUUCCGGGUUUUCCGAGCCCUCCUACAGAAGCUGAAGGAGCAAAACGUCGUCAUCGUCGCGUCGGCCGGCAACCACGCGCUGGAGCCGGAAGGCGUCCCUGUGAUAAGAUAUCCCCCCAAGUUCGCAGACCCUAACGAUCAGUAUGGCGGCCUUCCUAAUAUGAUCGUGGUUGCGGCAUCGGAGAGCUUUGCAAGGGAUACUACUGACCCGAAGAACCCUCAUGGCCAGCCCCCGGCGCCUCCUAAGCCAACAUCGACGACGACCGGCAGCCCCCCAACAAAGACGCCAGAGCCCCCCGAAGGAACAUUCCCAUUAGACCUCUGUGUUGGCUCCACCGUGACGCCCUCCGGGCAACUCCCCGUCUACUCCUAUAGCGCCUAUGGGGCGGGCGCCCACUGCUACGGUAUCUUCAUCGUCGACGGCAAUAUUGGCUCCUCCCCAGACAUCUGCGACGCGCCUAAUAACAACUUCGCUCUCGAUCAAUGCGGCACCGACAUGAUCUUUGUCAAUGAAGGGCCGGAAUUCUUCGACGGCUGCGGCUACCAAAUCGAGAUUGCGGGCAAGAAAUACACCCCGCGCAAGCUGGACCCCCAGGACGAGGAUAACCCGUGCUCGGGGCACUGUGACCUGUCGUUCAUUACGGGGCUUUUGUUGUAUGAGAAUUUAUCUGUUCCUGAUUGUGAGGCAUAG